AUGGCUCUCCCCUCAGCCUCAACCUCAGCCUCAGAGCCCCAUCCAAAAAAGGUCUGGGCCUCCCUAAUAACAACCCUCUCCUACCUCCCGGGCCUCCUAACCCUACACCACUCGCUGCGCCUCUCGAAAACAGCCUACCCCUUCAUCGCCCUCUACACGCCCUCCUUCCCACCCUCGGGCCUCGAAGCCCUGCACCGCCGCGGCAUACAGACCCUCCCCGUGCCCCCCGUGCAGCCAACAUCGAAGCCGAAACACGGGUACGCGCACGACCCGCGCUUCGAGGAUGCGUGGAACAAGCUCGUUGUUUUCUCGCUGACGCAGUUUGAGAGGGUCGUCCUGCUCGAUGGGGAUAUGCUGGUUCGACGGAAUAUGGACGAGCUCAUGGAUGUUGGACUUGCGGGCCAUAAUGGUAACGAUAACGGGGGAGGGGUUGUCUUCGCGGCGAGCCAUGCCUGCGCGUGUAACCCGAUGAAGAAGGCGCAUUAUCCGGGACAUUGGAUCCCCGCAAACUGCGCAUUCACGACCCAACAUCCCGCCCCGGAUCUCGCGCAAACGACCGGUGCACCCUCUGCUUCUGGCGUCGGCAUGCUGAACAGCGGUCUGCUGGUCGUGCGCCCCUCGCAAACCCACUUUGCGACAAUUCAGCGGUUCCUUGACGACGCCGAAAAGGUCGACAGCUACGUGUUUCCGGACCAGGAGCUUCUCUCCGACGCGUUUAAGGAUCAAUGGGUGCCGUUGCCAUAUGUGUACAACGCGCUCAAGACGAUGAGGGAUCCGAACGUACAUGGGACGAUUUGGAGGGACGAGGAGAUUAGGAAUGUGCAUUAUAUUUUUGUGGUGAAGCCAUGGCAGGAAACGCCGCCGGCUAGUAUAGAGGAAGAGGCGGCUAAGGAUGUGCUGAAUGCGUGGUGGUGGGAGGUUAAUGCGGAUAGGCAGAGGAAUGAGAGGGAGAGGGGGAUUGGGGAUGGUAUUUAA